UUCUGGGAUGUGUGAGAUUUCCCACGUGGUGUACAGUUGUUAUGAGGUCAAUUGCCAUAGCCAACAUGAAAAAGUGAACAUUUAGACCGUGGUGAAUGCGAAUCUGUUGCGUUUUCUAAAGAGUAAUAUUUUAACUCGUGUUGCAGCGGUGGAAGGGUUGUUUACACUCUUUACUGCCGGAUACCUCAGAAACACGGAAGGCAUGUUUUCUUGGAUCAAAACCCUUGGUACUUCAAAGUGUGCGUAGUUGGUAUAUCAUCUGGAGCAACAGUCUUUCCAUUCAUCCUCUUCGUACCAGUCCGUACUUCCUCCUUGCUGAUCCUUUGCACUUCCUGAUUCACUCUUUCCCCAUCAUCCUGCCUUCUAUCUCUCAUAUUCUCUUCAUUCAAAAUACUCUAUUGAUCUGUUCAACUUUCUCCUCACUUGAAUGAAAAUUCCACUUCAGACUUUCCUGUACUGUUUCCCUGCAUGUCGUCCAUUGAAGUCUUGGUUAGCAAAAAGGCUCUAUCACAUUUCCUCAUCAACUAUGGCAUCUUGCAAACAUAAGAAUGCAAAACGUAUAGAGGGGAUUGACAAGAAUAUGUGGGUUCAGUUUACAUCUGUGGCUGCUGAUCCUUCGAUUGUGAAUCUUGGCCAAGGUUUUCCAGAUAUUCCUCCCCCUGAUUAUAUUAAGGAGGCCUUGGCUAAGGCUGCAUCAGUCGACCAGCUGAAUCAGUACACGCGUAGCUUUGGUCAUCCCUCUUUGGUUAAAGCACUUGCCCAGUUAUAUGGUAAAGUAUGUAAUCGUGAAAUUGAUCCACAGAAAGAAAUUCUGGUGUCCACUGGAGCUUAUGGCUGUUUAUUUAGCACAAUACAAGGGCUAAUUGAAGAAGGAGACGAAGUGAUAAUUAUUGAACCAUUUUAUGAUUGUUAUAUUCCAAUGAUUAAAAUGGCAGGUGCUCACCCAGUCCUGAUUCCUUUGACACUUAAAAGGACAAAAGGUGACAGCAUCUCUAGUGCUCACUGGGUACUGGAUCCAGAGGAACUAGCAAGUAAAUUUAGCCCAAGGACUAAAGCCAUAAUAAUUAACAAUCCAAACAACCCAUUAGGAAAGAUCUUUACCAAGGAAGAACUUCAGGAAAUUGCUGACUUAUGCAUUAAACAUGAUACUUUGUGCAUCAGUGAUGAAGUUUAUGAAUGGCUAGUAUACAGCGGGAGAAAACAUACAAAAAUUGGUAUGCUUUCAGGAAUGUGGGAUAGAACAGUAACAGUAGGAAGUGCAGGAAAGACAUUUGGCGUAACAGGUUGGAAGCUUGGUUGGGCAAUUGGCCCUGAGCAUUUAAUAAAACAUCUUCAAACUGUUCACCAGAAUGCCCUUUAUACUUGUCCAACUCCUUUACAGGAAGCAGUGGCCCAAGGUAUUUGGCGGGAGUUGUGUCUCUUAAAUCAACCAGAAUGUUACUUCAAUUGCCUUGUCAAAUUGCUUGAAGAAAAAAGAGACCAAAUGGCUAGAUUUGUCCACGCAGCAGGAAUGAAACCAAUUAUUCCUGAAGGGGGUUACUUCAUGGUUGUAGAUGUUUCAGGACUAAACCAGGAUCUGUCACACAUGCAAGAUGAUGAGCCUUAUGAUUUUAAAUUUGUGCAAUGGAUGACUAAAGAAAAGAAACUUGCAGCUAUUCCAGUCUCUGCCUUUACUGGGGAAAAAUCCAAAAAAGAUUUUGAAAAAUACAUACGUUUUUGUUUUAUCAAGAAAGACAGUACUCUACAAGCAGCUGAGGAAAUUUUGAAAAACUGGAAUAAAAUUUCUCAUUAGUGUUUCCAUUUUACAACUGUAUCAUUUAAAGUAGAAAUAAUAUUUUCUGUAUAAUAUGCUUCAUACUUAAGACAUAAAUAGUUACAAAUGAAAUUUUAAAUGUAAUAUUAAGUUGAAUUGGUAUUAAAACUUCCUAUACCAAA